GCUGAGUAAAAAUCACCUGACCAUAAUAUAAGCUCAGGGCUGAAUGAAUCAUUGUAGAACUUGGGAUCGGUCUUUCGUUUAGUGUUUUGUAAGACACAUUUGCGUUUCUGUGAGCAUCGCUACCGUUAUUUGAAGCAAUUAUGGCUAUGUGUGGUGGAAUGAAACAGGUGGAACAGGCAACCCCGGAGGUUCAACAAUUAAUCGAAACAGUUAAAGUCAAAGUUGAGGAGAAGGCAGGAAAGAAGUUAGAGGUGUAUGAAGCCAAACUAUUUGCAACACAAUUAGUAAAUGGUAUCAAUUAUUUUGUUAAGGUGCACAUUGGAAAUGGUGAAUAUAUCCAUGUCAGAGCACACAAAGCCUUCAACCAGGAGAAAACCGUCUCAUUCCAUAGCAUUCAAGAUAAAAAACAAGAAGCUGAUGAAUUGGCAUACUUUUAACAUUAUUGUCACACUCUGUAAAAUACAUCUAUAUGAAUCCCUUUUUUUUCAGUCCCUUCGUAAUCUUGCUCCAUCUAUGAACUGAAUAAACCUGUAAACAGAACAGAGUCCUUUUGAUGAAUACUGGCAUUUUGAGAUCAAUACCUUAACAAUUGGCAAUGGUUGUCAUCUGUGUAUGGCGAUGCAACUUGUAUGGCAAUCUAACGUGAAUGUUGUUUCAAGCAUCAUUUUUGGAAAGAGAUAUCAUCUAUGACAUUGUCAACUUAUUCCAACCAAUCAAAACCUACGUUUCAUUCUGCAUACAAUAAAUAAUUUACUUGUCCUAUCCUCAGAUUGGAGCUCUGAAGAUGUGAAAUCCAUGCAUGAAGUUAGAGGCAGUUUUCAAAUUCAGGGAAAAAAACAAGUGCUGAUAUUUUACUUUGAAAUAGCACAAGAAUUUUUCUGCAGUUAAUUCAUACCAUUGAGGGCGCCAUUGUAUUUCAUUGAAUAAAAUGCAUUUGUACCUGUUACAUGCAAAUUGGAAUUUUUCUGUCUUCCAGCUUUUUAUUGAUAGAGCAAGUUAUUUCUACCAUACUUUUGUAUACUCCUUUGUAGUUAAUAAAUAACAUUCUUUAACAUUAA